GGGCAGUGGGUAGGCAGAGAAAGUUUAGAGGAAGAGAGCUUGACAGACACUGGCCCCACAGACUCUCCGUGGCUCCGGCUGUGUGUGUGUCUAGAGAGAAGUUCAGAAGUGUGUAGGGAGGUGAUGGUUGCCCGUUGGAGGACUUGAAGGGUGUAAAACAUGGCACUUCGAUGGGCGUUAACAACACUGGCGCUCCUGGUGACCUGCUCUGCCCUGGGCUUUCGCACCCUCAAGAGGUCACUGGGCGGGACACAGACACACCAGGAGGAUCAAGUCUUGCUGAGGAGGAAAAUGGGGAUUCUAGAAUGGCUAAGAAUACCGUUGAAGAGACAGGAAACACAGUAAACACGGAGGCAGAAGUGACGGGAGAGCAGUUUCCAGUCUCCAGUCAGGAGGGAAUGCGCUUUGAAACCUUGCAGAAGAUCAUGAGAGGUAUCAUGUACAUCAUCGACUCUUACUUCGACUCAGCCUCGCUCGGGGACUGGCUGGCGACGCUCGGGAAGGCUGCAAGAGAGGAGUCCCAAGAGCUAGCGAGAGAUUGGAAGUUUUCACCUCCCGUGGUGGAGUUGAUAGAUGCAUUACGGCCGCUUGGCUUCAUUCCUUACCCUGAUCCUUACAUACCAAUAGGCGUCUCCAAGAAUGACAUCUGGAAGGUCACGUUAAACUGGCUCGGCGUCUUCGGUAUCAUAGGUUUGUUCUGGCGAUCGUAUUUGCCAAUUUCACCCUACGUGUACGAAAAAUUCGGCUUCCCUGAGGGCUUCCCAGAUUACCACGACCCUCAAGACUUCGAUCCCUAUGACGAGGAGGAAGAGGAGGAGGAGGAAGAAGAAGAAGAAGAAGAAGAAGAGGAGGACCCUUAUGGAGACGAAGAGGAGGAGGAAGAGGAAGAAGAGGAGCAGGAUCCUUACGCACAGGAAGAAGAGGAGGAAGAGGAGGAUAACUAUUACAAAGUGGGGGAGGAGGAAAAAGAGAAGGAGCGAGAACACGAGAGCUUUGCAGUGUUCCGAGAGAAGGAGAAGGAUGAAAUGAGCUCCGAGGGACACGAGGAAGCAGAACAACAGUACCAGCAGUAUCACAACUCCCUUUCACCUGGAGAUCACACACAGGACACGGACCAAGACGCACAGGACACCUACUCCCAUUACUACUACACACACCCACACUACGCCACUGGGAGCUACUACAGGCCGCAGGGAAGUGCAUGGGACACCUAUUAUCAAGCCCAAGGAAAGAGAAACAGGUUGCAGGGAUCUUUAAGGCAUUCAACCAAUAGAAAUCGAAGGAUAAUCAAUAAAAAGACACCAGGACAUCGUAGGACACCAUCAAGACGUCCUGUGCUUCGUCGUUCUUCCUCCUCCUCUUCUUCCUUCUCCUCCUUCCCUUCAAUUUGUUUUCGUAGUCUGCUUUGGGUUCCUAAAUUGUUUCGGUUCUUUGCUCUUAUUCUCAAACACUUCUGUGCUGCUUCACCUCCACUAUUUCAAAAGGCUUUAGUUAAAUUUGCACGAGUUUUUUAAGAUGUUUUACGGUUCUAUAGGCAGAUUGACAAGAUUUCUACAUUAUCAAGUGGAGAAACACUCUUGAAAACCCUGCAAAUCAUCUCUGUGGUCUUGGAAAACAGUCGUGGUAUUAGAGCAGAGUGUUUCUAAAUAUGGGCCCUUUAUCCCACCAUGAUUCAAGAGUUUGUAUGUGUUUGUGUGACGUUUCGCUGGUUCUGUGUUGAUGAUCUAAUACCCCAAAGACAAUGAAUGGGAAAUGCAAAAGGUUAUCAUCUCUAUGUAUAUACACACGCUGUUUAUUUAUUUAUUUAUUUAUUUAUUUAUUUAUUUAUUUAUUUAUUCAUGUAAGAUUUUUUGGCAUUAAAGACGUGUAUCUUAUCUUGUUUGAUGUGUGUUUGUAUCUGAAUGAAGCUGAGGUAGUUAGUAUUUUAUCUAUCUGUCUGUCUAUCAACCUGCGUAUCUAACUAGCUAUUUAUUUAUGUCUGUUUGUCUUUCUUUGUGUCUGUCUGUCUGUCUGUCUAGCUACCUAUCUAUCUGUCUGCAUGUCUGCUUGUUUAUCUAUCUACCUAUCUAUUUACCUAUCUAUUCCCGUAUCGUAGGGUGUGCGAGUGGGGGAAUUAUGUAUCUGUUAUCUAAAUCUGUUGUAAGAGAGUGUAGAUAUAUAAUACAAAUACAUGUCA